AUGGACGUGCCCAUCUUCCAGCACUUCAGCCUCGCCAACAUCCACUACUUAAUAUCCUCGCUGCCCGACGUAACUGUCGGGGGUCAGAAGCAGCGCGUGGCGAUCGCGCGGGCGAUUCUGCGGUAUCCGCAGGUGUUGCUGCUGGACGAGACGACGUCGGCUUUGGACGCGGUGAGCGAGCAGGCGGUGCAGGCUGCGUUCGAUGCGCUCAUGGGCGCGCGCACCACGCUCGUCGUCGCCCACCGCCUCUCCGUGCGCUGCGCGCACUGCAUCGCCGUGCUGCAGCGGGGACACGUCGUGCAGACCGGGGCGCACGAGGCUCCAUUCACCGCGGCCGUUGGCGUGUGA